GCCGUUUCGCCGCGCGCACGCACACCGCACCGGUCGCGAGUAGCCGUCGCACCGUUUUUGCGUUACUUCCCGUUCGUCUUCCGGGUCGCGGAACCAUGCGACAUCUCGCCGCCGCUGACGGUCUGCCGCGGUGUCCGAACCGCGUAGUCACUCCGUCACCACCGACAUCGUCACCGUCACCGUCGUCACCGCCGUCACCUGCUCGACCGCCCGCUUACCACUUGUUGACGGCCACCGGAAAACUCGUCGCCGAUGAGUCGCGGUUCUUUUUCGCAGCCGUUUUUCCUCCGCACCAAUGUCCACAGUUUCCUUGAGAGGAAACUCACAAUAAUUAUUAUACAUUAUUAUUGCUAUAAUUGCCAUCGUGGUACGAUAAAACUCGCACACCACAACGUUUAGGCAUAGGUAUUUUAUAGGCGAUAAACUGUUACGCGCUUCAAUCGUCGACUUGUCGGGUGGCGAGAUCGACUAUCGACGAACGAGAGCUGCGAAUCAUUUAAAUACCAUUAUAAUAUCAUAUAUUAUAAAUAUAUUAUAAACAUGGAGUUUCCGAGGGACGACAACCAGAGCGGCGGCGCACUGUGGGACUACGGCGGGCUGGACGGUUGGCCGUGGCAGGAGUACCGGAUGAGGUACUCUCCCGAGGUGACAGUGCUGUUCUGCAUAGCGUACGCGGCCGUGUUCGUGGUGGGAUUUGUGGGCAACAUUUCCGUGGUGCUGGUGGUGUACAAGAACGUGAGGAUGCAGUCAUCGCCCACCAACAUAUUCAUCGUAAACUUGGCCGUUGCGGACCUGCUGGUCAUCGUCGUCUGCGUGCCGUUCACCCUUAUCGGCAGCAUUACUACCGAGUGGCGUUUGGGACUGGUCAUAUGCAAACUCGUGCCGUACUUCCAAGGAGUGUCCGUGAACGCUUCGAUAAACACGUUGAUGGCCAUCUCCGUGGAAAGAUGCUUGUCCAUUUGCUACCCCAUGAGCCCAGUGGGUAAAGGCGUCUGUAAGCGGGUCGUGGCCAUCAUAUGGAUCAUCUCGCUCACUAUCACUAUGCCGUGGGCAAUUUACUUCGAUCUGCAGCCUAUGGAGGAAGGCAGCGACAAUCAGAUUUGCCUGGAAUCGUGGCCGACCGUGGAAAGCGGCAACCUGUACUUCGUGCUGGCAAACCUGUUGCUGUGCUACGUGCUGCCGCUGACGGUGAUCGCCGUGUGCUACAUGUUCAUCUGGCAGAAGGUGAGCAGGCGCAAGGUGCCCGGUGAGCCGAUGCACAACGGCGCCAACAUGGUGCAGCGGUCCAAGAUGAAGGUGAUCACCAUGAUCAUGUACGUGGUGGUGCUGUUCGCGGUGUCGUGGCUACCACUGUACGUGGCGUUCUCGCUGAUCAAGUUCUGGCCGCUACCGCCGAUUGUGGAGAGCUAUACGGUCGCCUCGUUGCCGGUCGCGCAGUGGCUGGGCGCCGCCAAUUCGUCCAUCAACCCGCUGCUUUACGCCAUCUUUAACCACCGGUUCCGGGACGGUUACCGGGCCUUGUUGUCAGGCAAAAUUUGCCAAGCGUUCGACUACAGCAACUCGGUGAGGUACCUGCGCGGUGGCCGAGCCGGCACCACUGCUGCGUUUAAGCGCAAUAACAACAACAACAACAACAACAACGAUAACGGCCGUUGCGACCGCAACCGCAAGACCAUUGGCGCCAUAUACGUGCACGCCGCGCGGUCUCAGCUCCAGCAGCAUACGGCUCAGCAGCGGCGACCCGUUCAGCAGCGACCCGUUCAGCAGCGACUUGCUCAGCAGCAGCAGCAGCAGCAGCAACAGCAGCAGCAGCGUUUCACCACUCAGCAGCUGCAGCCACCCACCCACCGACUCGUCAAGUCGUCGUCGGUCAGAGAGACGCACGUCGCCGAAGGGUCUGCCGGUUCCGUGGUGCAGUUCUGUCUGACGAAAUGCGAAAAUUCGUUUGUGUGACCUCCGACACCCACAAUACCCGCACACCCGCAUGCAGCCGCCGGACUGUAUACGCCGCAGAUAAUGUGUACAUACAUAGGACUCGUAGACUGUACAAUUUAUAACCUAUAUAAUUAUACUAUUUUGUGUAUAUAAUAUUAUAGUAAUGUGUUAUUCUGGACCAUAGACGUGCGCAAACUUGAGGAUAAAAAGUUCUCCUGAAUAAGUGGUCAUACAAAUAUAUAAUAUAACCUAUAUUAUUGUUAAUAAUAUGCUUGGUAUUCAAAAAAUUAAAAUGAUAGGUUCUUCAACAUUUUUUUUAU